AUGACCGCGGAAGAUACCAAGUUCUACUACAUCGGCGUCGACGUCGGCACGGGCUCGGCGCGUGCAGCGCUGGUCGACGACGAUGGCAACAUCCUCGCCGAGUCGACGCACGCCACACAGACGUACCGCGUCGAGGCGGAUUCGCGCAUCUUUGAGCAGUCGACCACCGACAUCUGGGCGCAGAUCAAGCUCGCCAUCACGCAGGUCGUGGCCGCCUCUAAAGUCGAUCCGGCGCGCAUCAAGGGCCUCGGCUUCGACGCCACCUGCUCGCUUGCUGUCACCGACUUUGACGGUCGCCCCAUCGCAGUGACUCCGCAGCAGCCGUCGUCGAGCGGGUGGGGUCCCGGCGAGCGCAACGUGAUCCUGUGGGCGGACCAUCGCGCCGAGGACGAGGCGGCGCUCAUCAACGCAACGGGAUCCAAGGUGCUCAACUACGUCGGCAAGACCAUGUCGCUCGAGAUGGAGAUCCCCAAGAUCCUGUGGCUCAAGAAGCACAUGCCGGCGGAGCUUUUCAAGCAGUGCAUGUUCUUUGAUCUGCCUGACUAUCUCACCUACCGUGCCACGGGAUCGCUCGCACGCAGCAACUGCUCGCUCGUGUGCAAGUGCUCCUACAUCCCGCCGGGCGUCGACGGGUCCGAGCUCGGAUGGCAGCCCGACUUUUUCGAGCAGAUCGGGCUGGGCGAGCUCGUCAAGGAUGACUUCAAGCAGCUCGGUGGCGUUCCCGGCCGCAACGGCAUGGUGCUUACGGCCGGACAGCCCGUCGGUCAGGGACUUACUGCCGACGUGGCUGCAGAGCUCGGACUGCAACCUGGCACGGCGGUGGGCUCGGCGCUCAUCGAUGCCUACGCUGGCUGGGUGGGUACCGUCGCUGCGCCGGCAACGAACGCAGUAGAUGAGGCGAGCAACCACCCAUCGCUGAUCAGCUCGCAGAACCGAUUGGCGGCGAUUGCUGGCACCAGCACGUGCUACUGCGUCCAGUCGCCCGAUGGCAUCCUCGUCGACGGCGUCUGGGGCCCGUACAAGCAUGCCGUGUUCCCCGGCCUGUGGAUGAACGAAGGCGGACAGUCAUCUACUGGCCAGCUGAUUGACUUUAUCAUCGAUACGCAUCCUGCGUCUCCGCAGCUGCGCACGCUGGCGUCCGAAACCAACCGCUCGCCGUUCACGGUGCUGCACGACAAGAUCGACGAGCUGGUCGCAGCCGCUGGUCUGCCCGACGCCUCGUGGCUCACCAAGGAUGUGUUUGUGUAUCCUGACUUCCAUGGUAAUCGCUCUCCGCUCGCCGACCCGCAGAUGCGCGGUAUGAUCACGGGACUCAAGCUCGACCGCAGCCUUACGGACCUGGCCGUGCGCUACUACGCCACGCUCGAGGCGAUUGCCCUGCAGACGCGCCAUAUUGUGUCCGAGAUGAACGCAAAGGGCCACAAGAUCGACGCGAUCUACAUGAGCGGUGGCCACGUCAAGAACGCAGUGUUCAUGCAGCUGAUCGCCGACGUGUGCGGCAUGCCGGUGCAGCUGCCCUUCAGCUCGUCGGCGAGCGUCGUGGCUGGAUCGGCGAUUCUCGGACGCUUUGCCGCCGAUGUCCAGGAUCCCAAGGCUACCAAUGCGUCGGGAACGUAUGCGCCCAAGGUGGCAACGACCAUCACGGAUCAGAAGUCGGCAGAGACCGCUUCGUACGAGCAUAAGGACCAUCUGUGGGACCUCAUGGUGCGCAUGACCAAGCCGGGCACCCUCGUCUUCCCGCGCAAGGACGCCAAGCUCGCGGCACUGCUCGACGUCAAGUACCAGAUCUUCCAAGAGUGCAUCGCCACCCAGCGCAGGUGGAAGUCGAUGGUCGCCGAGGUGCUCACUUAA